AUGAAAUUAGAGUACUGGGGUUAUCUUUUAGAAAUAAACGAAUGGAAGAAUGAAAGAAAAUGGUCUGGAGAUAACGAUGAAGAUGAUGAUCAGAAACCAAUGGAAAACGUUCAACAGCCAUUAGUUAUUCCUAAACGAGGCGAUCUCAAAGGUCCUAUAGAUGAAACAACGAUUGCCAUCGCAUUUCCUCUAAAAGGAAUCACAGAAAAUUCAACAUCAACAUUUCCUACACAACCGAUCUUCGCGUAUUUACCAUUGCGUUCUUGCGGUUUUCGUUUUAUUCUUCAAGCAGACUUUGAAAUUCCAGCGAGUCGACAGGAUCUUCGACGUGAUAAUCUUUGGAACGAAUGGUUGAAGUCUAAAAUGCCACAACUGAUGUACUUAGCUUAUCAACAGUUUAAACAACUGCCCGAAUUGAUUGCUGAUUUGAAUCUUAUGAACGAACACUAUGCUCAGCCAACUGCAAUUCAAGCAAUCAAAUUCUUCCUGAAAUUUCUUCCAGCAAGUUAUGAAAUCGAUCCGUACUUUCAACUAUUUGUUAACAGAAGUUUUGAAUUACUAGCUGGAGUUGUUGAAUUGCCUGUCAUCAACAUGAGAUUGAACGGUGACAAAGAAAUCAUCUGGGUACCACCAUCGCAGUGUGUCAUCGCUAAAGAUCAAUUCACUCGAUCAAUGAUCACAGAAAAUUUGUUGCUCACGCAUCGAAACAGUUACUAUCUUCAUGAUGAAGUCGUGAACGAAUGUAAUGAAAAACUUCUUGUUGCCUUGGGUUGUCGCAUCUUGAACAUCGCUGAUAUUCUUCAACUAAUCGAAUCAUCGUAUCGAUUCGUCGAUCAAGAAUAUCCAAAAAAUGAAGCAACCAUCAAACAAGGUGAGAACCGUUAA